CGGAGCUCGGAGCGCGGAGCCCGCGGGCGGGGCGAACAAAGCGGCGGCGGCGACGAGGACGGCCCAGGCCCGGGACGCGCGGAGCGAGCGACCCGCCGGGCCUUUGUCUCGGGAGGGGCAGGAACCGCGGCGGCCACCGGCGCUCCGCGCGCAGAAUGCGGCGCCCGGCGGCGCUGAUCCCGGAGCGCUGCGGCGGCGGACGGCGCGGAGCCCGGCGCGGGGCCCAGGCGGACUCGCGUGUGUGAACCGGGGACCCGGCGCGCUGCCCGGCGCCCACAGGGCGGCCGCACGUGGGCGGGAGCGGCGGCCCGCAAGGAGCCCGAGGAGGAAGAGGAGGGACGCGCCGCGGCGCCCGGGCACCCGGGCGGCCCGCGCGAAGCCCCGCCCCGGCCGCGGAGCCCGGCGCGGCCGGGCGGGAUGCCCCGCGGCCGCCGCACUUCGGCCCCAGCGCGGCGCUGAGCGGCCGGCCCGGCGGGCGCCAUGGAGCAGUGGCGGCAGUGCGGCCGCUGGCUCAUCGACUGCAAGGUCCUGCCGCCCAACCACCGCGUCGUGUGGCCCUCGGCCGUGGUCUUCGACCUGGCGCAGGCGCUGCGGGACGGCGUGCUGCUCUGCCAGCUCCUGCACAACCUGUCCCCCGGCUCCAUCGACCUGAAGGACAUCAACUUCCGGCCGCAGAUGUCCCAGUUCCUGUGUCUGAAGAACAUCCGCACCUUCCUCAAAGUCUGCCAUGACAAGUUCGGGUUGCGGAACAGCGAGCUGUUCGACCCCUUCGACCUCUUCGACGUCCGCGACUUUGGGAAGGUCAUCUCUGCAGUGUCCAGGCUGUCCCUGCACAAUGUGGCCCAGAACAAAGGGAUCAGGCCUUUCCCCUCCGAGGAGACGGCGGAGAGCGAUGACGACGUGUACCGCAGCCUGGAGGAGCUGGCGGAUGAGCACGACCUGGGGGAGGACAUCUACGACUGCGUCCCGUGCGAGGAUGAAGGUGACGACAUCUACGAGGACAUCAUCAAGGUGGAGGUGCAGCAGCCCAUGAAAACGGGCAUGAGCGAGGAGGACAAGAGGAACUGCUGCCUGCUGGAGAUCCAGGAGACGGAGGCCAAGUACUGCCGGACGCUGGAGGACAUCGAGAAGAACUACAUGGUCCCCCUGAGGCUGGUGCUGGGCCCGGCAGACGUGGCGGCAAUCUUCAUCAACCUGGAGGACCUCAUCAAGGUGCACCGCGGCUUCCUGCGGGCCAUCGACCUCUCCAUGAUGGCGGGGGGCGGCACUCUGGCCAAGGUCUUCCUCGAGUUCAAGGAGAGGCUCCUGAUCUACGGCGAGUACUGCAGCCACAUGGAACACGCCCAGAACACGCUGAACCAGCUCCUCGCCAGCCGGGAGGACUUCAGGCUGAAAGUCGAGGAGUGCACGCUGAAGGUCCAGGAUGGGAAGUUCAAGCUGCAAGACCUGCUGGUGGUGCCCAUGCAGAGGGUGCUCAAGUACCACCUCCUCCUGAAGGAACUUCUGAGCCAUUCCACCGACCGGCCGGAGAGGCAGCAGCUGAAGGAAGCCCUGGAAGCCAUGCAGGACUUGGCCAUGUACAUCAAUGAGGUCAAGCGGGACAAAGAGACCCUCAAGAAGAUCAGCGAAUUUCAGAGCUCCAUAGAAAACCUGCAAGUGAAGCUGGAGGAGUUCGGGAGGCCCAAGAUCGACGGCGAGCUGAAGGUCCGGUCCAUAGUCAACCACACCAAGCAGGACAGGUACUUGUUCCUGUUCGACAAGGUGGUCAUCGUCUGCAAGAGGAGGGGUUACAGCUAUGAGCUGAAGGAGGUCAUCGAGCUGCUGCUCCACAAGGUGACCGACGACCCCACGAACAACAAGGACCUCAAGAAGUGGUCCUAUGGCUUCUACCUGGUCCACCUGCAAGGCAAGCAGGGCUUCCAGUUCUUCUGCAAGACGGAGGACAUGAAGCGGAAGUGGAUGGAGCAGUUCGAGAUGGCCAUGUCAAACAUCAGGCCCGACAAAGCCAACGCCAACCACCACAGCUUCCAGAUGUACACGUUCGACAAGACCACCAACUGUAAGGCCUGCAGGAUGUUCCUCAGGGGCACCUUCUACCAGGGGUACCUGUGCACCAAGUGUGGCGUCGGGGCGCACAAGGAGUGUCUGGAAGUGACGCCUCCCUGCAAGAUCAGUUCGCCUGCAGACCUGGACGCCCCCGGAGCCGGACCAGGCCCCAAGAUGGUGGCUGUGCAGAAUUACCAUGGCAACCCCGCGCCCCCCGGGAAGCCUGUGCUGACCUUCCAGACGGGUGAUGUGAUCGAGCUGCUGAGAGGGGACCCCGAGUCUCAGUGGUGGGAGGGGCGGCUGGUGCAGACCAGGAAGUCGGGCUACUUCCCCAGCACGUCCGUGAAGCCCUGCCCCGUGGACGGACGGCCACCCACUGGCCGGCUGCCGUCCAGGGAGAUUGACUACAGUGCUUACCCCUGGUUUGCCGGCAACCUGGAGAGGCAGCAGACGGACAACCUGCUCAAAUCCCACGCCAGUGGGACCUACCUGAUCAGGGAGCGGCCGGCGGAGGCGGAGCGCUUCGCCAUCAGCAUCAAGUUCAAUGACGAGGUGAAGCACAUCAAGGUGGUGGAGAAAGACAGCUGGAUCCACAUCACAGAAGCGAAGAAAUUUGAAAGCCUCUUGGAGUUGGUGGAGUAUUACCAGUGCCACUCUCUCAAGGAGAGCUUCAAGCAGCUGGACACCACGCUCAAGUACCCCUACAAGUCACGGGAACGCUCAGCUUCCAGGGCCUCCAGCCGGUCCCCAGCCUCCUGCGCCUCCUACAACUUCUCUUUUCUCAGCCCUCAGGGCCUCAGCUUCGCUCCUCAGGGCCCCUCCGCUCCCUUCUGGUCAGUGUGCACGCCCCGCGUCAUCGGCACCGCCGUGGCCAGGUACAACUUCGCUGCUCGGGACAUGCGGGAGCUCUCGCUCCGGGAGGGCGACGUGGUGAAGAUCUACAGCCGCAUCGGCGGGGACCAGGGCUGGUGGCGGGGCGAGACCAGCGGCCGGGUCGGCUGGUUUCCCUCAACCUACGUGGAGGAGGAGGGUGUCCAGUGACGGCAGGGACACCGGGGACUCGGGAGCCUCCUGGAAGGGUGGCGCCAGCUUGACGUGCGGCUCCAGGUCCUGACCCGGAGGGGAAGCGCCCGCCGAGCCUCCUGUGCGCAGCAGCCUGCAGGGGCGGGGAGGGUGGCCCAGGCUCUCGCUCACCGCAGACCGCCCCGCCAGCCGCCUGCCCUCGGGGGCCUGUCCGGGGCUCGCCACUUGUACAUAGAGGAAACCUGGCUGCCCGCGGAGGCGCGGGUGCCGGGUGGCAGGUGAGGCCGGGGCUCGUCUUGCCCCUGCCUGGUGGAGAUGCUCGAGGAAGCCUGGCUUUGGACAUGGAUGCGGUCCCAGGGAGGGCUGGGCGCGCGGAGGGGACCUUCCCCGCACCCUUUCUGCUUCGCCUGGACCCUUGGCCCUCUGGCUUCCAGCUGCUCCCAGGGGCCACCUCAGGCCCUGAGGGGUGCAGGUGUAGGAGACGCACUGCAAGGGGCCUCUCUCGGGAGGGAGCCUGGGGACGAGCCAGUCGCUGGCCUGCCCCCUGGCCCACGGUACUGCCUGUGCCCCCGCUGUCCGCAGACACGCAUCUCUGUGAACCCCAGUGCGGGCAGGAAGGCCUCCCUCCCUCUGUCCCUGCUGCUCGCCUUCCUCUGUGGGAGGAGGCCCCGCCCUCCCGUGCGGGGCGCCCUCUGGGUGUCGCCUGUCCUGCAGAGGGGUCCGUGGGGGGCCCCGCAGCCUUUGCACAGGAUGUCGGCUCUCGCCCUUGGUCUGUGUUCCCUCUGAGAGCUGUGGCUCGUGAACUGGGCCAGUGGCCAGGCCGAACAAAGUGCUCUUGGAGGCAGCUGUACCCCUGUAACGCCCACUCCCAAAUUCUGCUGGCCUUGACCUCUGGCUGGCUUGGCCAGACCCUGUUUUCUCCGCCUGGACGCUGCACGAGACCCAGGGAGAGCCUCCCUCCCAGGGCUGUGGCCAAGCUCCCGGUGCAGCCCGGGCUUCUCGGGGCCCCUCCUCCCUGCGGUCGGCUGCACAGCUCUGUGGGGGGGCCAGGCUGGCCUGCUGGCCACACUGCUCCCUGGGGUCCCUCUGAGGCCAGCCACGUCGCCCCUAGGCGUCCUGGCCUGGGGCGAGGCAGGGAGGGUCCAAGGUGGCGGGCAGCAAGGGGAGGAGAGCGGGCAGCCUGCAGAGGCUCGAGAAGAGGGUGAGCGGAGUGACGCGCCGGGGGCGGGAGAGCCGGCCUCAAAGGGGGCAGACCCUCCUCCCUUUCGGGGCGCACCCUGCACUUUGCGCACGACCCUCGGCUCAGUGGGUUGGGCCGCCAGCCCCCGUGGGAGGGGAUGGGAGGGGACGCGCCCGGCCGGCCCCGUUUUGUUUACUGUUGUCCGGCUUUGUGUUUCUGUUGCUAUGUUUUUGGUUUGGCUUGUUUGCCUUUUGAGGGAAACAGAAGUGUGUAAUUAUUUCAUCCAAAGCUCCCAGUAUCUGUCCAUCUGUGAAUACUAAGGACGAGAUUUUAUAAGAUCAGGAAAACAAUGUGUAUUCGAGCCCAUCCUGAAGCAGGUGGCCGUGACACCAAAGGACGCCGAGAACACCGGAUCUGGAGCCCUGGGUUUUGUGAAUGUUCGGUUUCGUUCUUCCUGACACGUGGGGUUGCUUUGGUUGGGUUUUGCACUGUUCCACGCGGCAGAGGAGGGGCGGGGGCCGGGGCCAGGGCCAGGGCGGGGCCGGGGCGGAGGGGCUUCAGGCAGUGAACGCCUGCGGCCCGAGCACAUGGGUCCGGGAUCUGGGGCCCUACAGCCGAGGUGACCCCAGGUGGAACGCAGACUGUACAUUUGCCAAUAGGUUUUUUCAGACCACAGUUUUUACUGCAAAUAAACCUCAGUUCUUUUCUUUG